AUGUCCGCAUCGCGCCCCAAACGCGCCCCGGACCUGCCCUUCCCCAGCGAUGGCGCCUCCUCCGCCGACGCCUCGAACAAGAAGCCCCGCUUCGACUACCGCAACCCGUCGACGCUGGCCGCCGACGCGCCCGAAGACGACGCCAUCCUCGAGGCCGACGAGAUCGGCAAGGCGCAGCGGCAGGUGAAGCGCAACGCCGUCAAGAUCGACGGCUACGACUCCGACUCGAGCGAGGAGAACUUCGACGCGCGCGCCGAGGAGAAGGCGCGCGCGGCCAAGGCGGCGGAGCAGCAGAGCAAGGACGCCGACGACGCCGACAUGUUCGCGGACCUGGAGGACGACUUCAAGGACGGCGACGACGACGAGGAGCUGGGUCGCGAGGGCGGCAAGGCCAAGAAGAAGAGCGUCACCUUCCUGGACGACAACCAGAUCGAGGGGCAGGUCGCGGACAGCAAGUCGGGCGGGCACGUGUCGGCCGACUUCUCCCUGGGCGGCGGCGGCGGCGGCGGUGCGAAGGGCAAAGGCAAGGUGAAACGCGGCUCCGACGACGACGACGACGACAGCAGCAGCGACGACGAGAGCGGCGGCGACGACGAGCAGCGCGACCGCGUCGACAGCGACAUGGACGAGGAGCUCGGCGCGGGCGCCAAAAAGAAGCACGCCCCCAAGCUCGACGCCUUCAACAUGAAGGCCGAGAACGAAGAGGGCCGCUUCGACGACCAGGGCAACUACGUCCGCAAGGCCAACGACCCGGACGCCGUGCACGACACGUGGCUGGAAGGGCUGUCGAAAAAGGACAUGAAGAAGGCCAGGGCGGCCGAGGAAAAGCGCGAGGAGGAGCGCCGCCGCCGCGCCGUCGCCGACGACCAGGUCCUCACCAGCGAGCUCCUCGCCGCCCUCAUCGUCCGCCUCGACCGCGCCGAGACCGUGCUCGAGGCCCUCGCGCGCCUCGGCACCGGCAAGAAGAAGAACAAGCCCAAGCCCAGACCGAAGUGGCAGCAGAAGAACAAGCGGAAGCAGCCCGCGGCGGCGCCGACAAACAAUGGCGAGGACGCCAUGGACGUCGACCCCGCCGCCGCCGCCCAGAAAGAAGACCCCGCCGAGCGCCGUCGCCGCGACGCCGUCGAGGCCCUCACCGGCGCCGCCGACCAGCUGCUCACGCGCGGCCAGACGGACAUCUACGACCAGGAGCGCGAGGCGCUGGUGCGGCAGUACCGGCGCGAGACGGGCGACGACUGGGUGGACCCGCCAAAGAAGGAGGAGAAAGAGAAGGAGGAGGAAGAAGAAGCCCCCGACGCCGACGCCGAGGGGGAAACCAGAAUGUGGGAGUACAGGUGGGCGGACGCGCGGGACGGCGGCGAGAGGCACGGGCCCUAUGACGGGCGGACGAUGAAGGCGUGGGGCGACGCGGGGUAUUUUGGCGAGGGCGUCGAGUUCAGGCGGGUGGGCGAGGCCGCCGCCGGCUGGGAGCGGGUCGUGGACUUUUUGUGA